CGUCCUACGGCAGAAUACAUAGUAGAUACACUGCAAAUUUGGUUUGAAGGGUCAGAUAAGAACUUUGUGAAUCAAUUUAAAGCCGCUGAUGAAAUUAAUUUAGCUAAUCCCGUACGAGAAAUAUCACAACUAGUUAACCAAUCGGCCAUUUUCACUAGUCGUCGUUUACCAACUAUUCCUAUGGUUAAUGAUUACAGAACGCGUCAGUUCGAUCUCAUGCUACCUGAAGAAAAUUAA